AGCCAAAGACUUCGGCUCUGUAAUGUGAUCAGCUGUGUCCAGCACUGAUCAUCAGGGCGCUGAUGAUCAGUGUGCCCUGAUGAUCAGUGUAGCCCCAUCAGUGCCACCUGUUAGUGUCCAUCAAUGCCAGCUGUCAGUGCUCAUCCAUGCCACCUGCUAGUGCCCAUCAAUGCCACAUAUCAGUGCCUAUCAGUGCACAUAAAUGUCACAUAUCAGUGCCCAUCUGAGCUGCCUUUCAGUGCCACCUAUCAGUGCCAGUCAGUACCACCUAUCAAUGCCAGUCAGUGCCACCUAUAAGUGCUGCCAGUCAGGGCCGCCUAUCAGUGCCCAUCAGUG